CUCAACCUCCCAAAUCUACCACAGGCGAAGUAAAGACGAGGAAUCGUCGAUUACUGUUACCAGAGAGAGGAACAGGAAGGAGAACGCAAGCCACGGUGGAGGAAUCGAGGGGGAAGAAGAGGAGCACGCACUCUCCUCACCCCGGCCAUCACCAGGACGAGAGAAGAGAGGAGGGACGGGAGGAGAUGGGGGUGGAUUACUACAAGAUCUUGGGCGUGGACAAGAGUGCCGAGGACGACGACCUCAGGAAGGCCUACCGCAAGUUUGCCAUGAGGUGGCACCCUGACAAGAACCCUAAUAAUAAGAACGAAGCCGAGGCCAAGUUCAAGCAGAUCUCCGAAGCCUAUGAGGUCCUUAGUGACCCCCAGAAGCGCGCCGCCUAUGACCAGUACGGCGAGGAGGGCCUCAAGGGCCAGGUCCCGCCGCCGGGCGCCGGGGACACCACGUUCUUCUCAGGCAGUGACGUUGGUGCGGCCUCGUUCAGGUUCAGGAGCGUCGACGACAACUUCACGGAGUUCUUCGGGUUCCCAAGCCCGUUCUGCGGCGGCGCCAUGGGCGGAUCGUGGUUCCCUGGCGGGAUGGGUGGGAUGUUCGGAAAUGACGUUUUCGUGUCGGCCUUCAGCGGCGAACGGGAGGGAGCGACUAUGCAUACUCAACAGCCGCGCAAGGCGGCCCCCGUCGAGAAGAGGCUGCCAUGCAGCCUCGAGGACUUAUACAAAGGAACCGCCAAGAAGAUGAAGAUAUCUAGGGAGGUUUUGGAUGCCAGUAGUGCAAAAUCAUCAAACUUAAGUCUGACAGCAUCAAAUCUGCAUUUAGUCUGAUGGAAACAAAUUCACAUAUGGAUUGAUCUUCCUGUUGCUGAGUUGGAAAAAUCUGUGGAGCUGCUAUUUUACUGUCUAUUGCUCAUAUCAUGUGAGGCUUGAACUUGUUCUUAUGUAUGGAUGUAAAACUCAUUAGGAGCGAUAAAGGUUUUGCCGGACACAUUAUUAGUAUGAAGAAAAAGUUUCCUAAUUAUUAUCACUAAAUUGAUAACCUAGUGAUAACACUAAGUUUAUGCUAAUCCUGUUUGUGCCUUUUGUUAGUCAAUCUUUACGACGUGGUCGAGGAGCCUGAGCGGCUUGGUCCGAUUAUCGAUGUCCAGGAUCGUCCUGGGGAUGAGACCUUUGUCGGGUUGGGUUGAGCUCGGGGUUGGUCCGGAUGCCCCUCUUCAGUUAG